CUUCCCAAGAGCCUAGAACCAUCACAUGCUUUCUAAGAAUUGUUGAAGGAAUAAAAAUAGUCAUUUUGGCAAUUAAUUUUCUUGACAUGGAAAAAACAUAUCUUCUUACUUCUUAAAUUAGAAUUGAAAAUUCCUCCUACUAUACCCCAUGCUCAUAAAACUCAAUUCCGCUGCUAUAUAUAAUCACUAGCGGCACCGCCAAAAGUUUGUUCAAGUUAUUCCUAAGAAAGUCCUUUUUCUCUUCCUCUAAAAUCGCUCAUCAACCCUUCACAGCACUUCAUUUCAGACACAAUCCUCGUAAAGAUUCAACUUUUUACAAACCCCAGCACAUUUUCAUUGUACCAUACGGGAUUUUCAUAAAAACCCCAAGAAUUAUAUCAACAGUAAAAGGGAUUUCGGUACUGGGAUUAAACAUUUGAAGGGGGAAGCUAAAAUGGCGGCGGCGGCGGCGGCCGCACCGUGCAUCAAAGGCGGCUCUUUGAUGAUCAACGGGGAGACGCUGUUGACCCGUGUCCCGUCAAACGUCGUUGUUUUCCCGGUGACUGACCGCUCAUCUUGUUCUUCCUCUUCUGCUGUGUUUCUUGGUGCCAGCUCGAGUGUCCCCAGCUCAAGACAUGUUUUUGGUCUUGGGGUUCUUAAAGAAUAUAGGUAUAUGUGCCUCUUCAGACAUAAAAUUUGGUGGAUGAUACCUCGUUUCGGAUGUUCGGGAAGAGAUAUUCCCAUGGAAACACAAAUGCUGCUAUUGGAAGUUAGGCUGGAGUCUGUUGCGGCCUGUGAUGAUAAUUUAUCAGUAAAGAAUGGCCACAACACUUUCUAUGUUUUGUUGUUGCCCGUUUUAGAAGGACAGUUUAGGGCUUCGUUGCAAGGUAAUUCAGCUAAUGAGCUCGAGUUCUGCGUUGAAAGUGGGGACACCCAUGUUCAAACCACAGAGGUAUCAGAAUCGGUCUUUGUAAAUUCGGGGAACAACCCGUUUGAGCUCAUUACAGAUUCUUUCAGGAUAAUUGAGCAGCACAAAGGCACCUUUACUCAUAUUAAACAUAAAAAGAACCCUGUACAUUUAGAUUGGUUUGGUUGGUGUACGUGGGAUGCUUUCUAUAAAGAUGUUAAUCCACGGGGCAUUAGAGAAGGUAUUGAAAGUUUUCUUGAAGGAGGUUGUCCACCAAAGUUUGUGAUUAUCGAUGAUGGAUGGCAAGAUACAUUUAAUGAAUUCCAAAACGAAGGAGAACCUUUUAUAGAAGGGACACAAUUCGCGAGUAGAUUAAUCGAUAUCAGUGAAUGCUUCAAGUUCAAGAGCUUUGGUGACGAUGAUAGUAACUGUCGUGACCUGCAUGACCUCGUCCAAAUUAUCAAGGAAAAAUAUGGUGUCAAAUUUGUGUACGUGUGGCAUGCGUUGAUUGGUUAUUGGGGUGGGCUCCUUCCUUCAUCUGAGAAAAUGAAAAAGUACAAUCCCAAGAUAACAUAUCCCAUACAAUCUCCUGGCAAUGUGGGAAACACUCGGGACAUAGCCAUGGACAGCUUAGAAAAAUACGGAGUCGGUCUUAUAGAUCCCGAUAAAAUUUUCGAUUUUUACAAUGAUCUCCAUAGCUAUCUCUCGGGCAUCGGGAUUGAUGGAGUAAAAGUAGACGUCCAAAAUCUCAUAGAGACACUCGGGACAGGAAAUGGGGGUCGGGUUUCUCUCACUAGACGAUACCAAGGAGCACUUGAGGACUCAAAGAGAAGUGCCACCUCAAGAGCAUCCGAAGAUUUCAUGCCUCGGGAACAUAAAUUUCAGACAUUGCAUGUUGCCUCUGUGGCCUUCAAUAGUCUUCUACUGGGAGAGAUUGUCGUGCCUGAUUGGGACAUGUUUCAGAGUGAUCAUUACGCUGCAGAAUUCCAUGGCGCAGCACGAGCUGUGGGCGGAUGCCCUGUGUAUGUGAGUGAUAAGCCGGGCAUGCAUGAUUUCAAAGUACUCAAGAAGUUAGUAUUGCCUGAUGGGUCAAUACUGAGAGCUAAAUAUGCUGGUCGGCCCACUCGUGACUGCUUAUUUGUGGACACAGUAAUGGAUGGGAAAAGCUUACUGAAAAUAUGGAACGUGAACAAUUGUUCUGGAUUAGUCGGAGUUUUCAACUGCCAAGGAGCUGGAAAUUGGCCGUUGAGAGAUGGGCCGUCACAUGAUUCCGAUUCAUCCUCCGAGUCAUCAGUUUUAUCCGGCCAUGUUAGUCCUGAAGACAUCAAUUUUCUUCAACAAGUAGCUGACGAGAGCUGGAAUGGGGAUUGUGCUGUCUAUGCUUUCCAUUCUGGUUCCCUUUCCCGAUUGUCGAAAGAAGAAGGCGUUGAAGUUUUGUUAGGCACUCUCGAAUGUGAAAUAUUCACAAUCUCCCCGAUAAGGGUUUUGAACGAACUAGUCGAUUUUGCUCCAAUUGGACUGAUCGACAUGUUCAACUCGGGUGGCGCUAUCGAAGGUGUGAGCUUCGUAAACGAGCCUUUCAGGAGCACAUUUGGAGCUUAUUCGAGCAAAGAACUGAGUUCUUGCAAUGUGGAGAAGAAGGGGGGUUUUGACAGCAGGUUCAAAUUCACAUCAGUUUCCCCAAUACAAGAACACCGUAGUUUAAAAGAAUGGAGCUUGCCGAACAUAGAAACAUCACUGGUCCUUCUCCGGCUACCCGCUAAGCACAUCGCCGUCUGCAGAUGCGUUGGGAGGGAAUUUGUAGAGAAAUACUAUACCAUUCUACAUAGCUCGCCGGAGUUGGCUCAUAUAUUCUAUCAAGACAAGAGUACCAUCCAUCGUGUGGAGGAGGAUGGCUCCAUGAGUGUCACCACAACCUGUCAAGCUAUCAAAGAGAAGAUUGUCUCGCUCAACUAUGGGGACUCAAGAGUUGAGAUCAAGUCGGUGGAUUCAUUUGAGUCUUCUGAAUGUAAAGUUAAUGUUUUCGUCACUGGCCAUCUCGUGGUGAAUGACAAUGUAGUUAAAAGUUUCGCCCAAUUCUUCAUUCUUGCUCCACAAGAUAAUGACUACUUUGUUUUAACCGACCUGUUACGAUAUAUCGAUAUUGUCAAUGGGAACCCAACUAUAGGAAGUGAUAUUGUGGUGCAUCCGACCACAACACCAGAGGAAUCUGCCUUUGCAGAUGAAGUUUACAGUCCAUCAGAGUAUGGCAACAGUGUGUUCUUCAGUGGAGUAGAAGUUCCAGUAUCCGAUUUCGUUGAUGAGGCUUCUCCCAUAUCAAUAUCAAUUGUUAGACACCUAUCUUUUGCUCCAGAGAAAAGAUGUGCAGAUUCUCGGACUUCUCCCAUAUCAAAUGGAGAUGGCAGUGGUUACAAUAAAGGGGAUGAUAAAGAGCUGGUGGUUAAAUCCAUUGCCAAACACGAUCAAAUUUCGAAGAAGUCAUAUGCGUCUGUUGUACGUAGUGGUGGCAGUGAUUACAAUAAAGGGGGUCUUGACAGCAGGUUCAAAUUUACAUCAUUUCGCCCAAUAAAAGAAAACCCUAAUUUAAAAGAAGAAUGGAGCCUGCCGAACAGAGAAACAUCCUUGGUCCUUCUCCGGCUACACGCAAAGCACAUCGCCGUCUGCAGAUGCGUAUGCAGGAGUUGGCUCUCCCUAACCACCUCACGUGGAUUCAUCUCUGCACAGCUCGACCAUGCCCGGUCUGAAUCCGAUUCCCAAUUCCUUUUCCACUAUUCAGUCCCCCGUUUGGAAAGAGACAAGGCCCCAGUAAAACCCACCCAAUCAGGCCUCGUCUGCUUUUCCCCGGACACAUUGAUUAUUGGCUCGAUCAAUGGUCUGAUCUGCUCCACUGGCAACUGGAGGUACUGCAGCUGGCCGUCUCCCAAUGACGUCUGGAUAUGGAACCCAUCCACUGGGCUCUCAAAGAAACUCCCCAUGGGCAUCCGCUUUUUCCAGCGCUUUUCCAAUAUUCAGGCCACAUUCGCCUUCUGCUGGGACGAAGAGUCUGACGUGUACAAGGUGGUUAGAAUCAUUUCGAAGAAAUGCGAACCAACUUUUGCCGAGGUCUGGUCCUCGGAUAUUAACUCCUGGGAGGAGAUUGACCUCACAUACCAUCCUUCUUUCUAUCACCCCUCAAACCCUGUGAACUUGGUCCCAACCACCGUCUGCAAUGUGUUUGUCAGGAAUUCCCCCCACUGGGCUGUCCUCGAUUAUGAUGGGAAUCCCUUUAUCAUCUCAUUUGAUGUCAAAACCAACAAGCUCAAGCUGUUCUCUUUCCCAUCUCAACUAUCUUCUGACCCGGAAGAUGUCGCUAUGCGAAUUACCACUGGGAGUGGGCAGCUUUUUGUUACCAACUGGAUGGGGGAAUUAGCGGUGCUGGAUUAUUUAUAUAUGGCCGCCGAGGAUGAGGAGACGCUGGCCCCUUUACUUUCUGAGGCACAGAGUAUGUAUUGUCCAUACCGUUUGUGGAAGAUGGAAGUGAAUGGUCGUUGGAUUUGUUCACGUCUGGUUUCUUUUGGUUUUGAUUUCCAUUAUUGCCUGAACUCCGUGGGGGGAGGGAAAUAUAUGCUGCUGCAGACGCCUUCAGAUAUAGCAUUGUACGACAUUGUGAAGAGUCGAGUUAUUAGGACGUAUGAAGUUCCCCAGGAUUUUUUUUGUAUAUCUUCAGCCUUUGACUUUGUCGGGAGCUUAGUGUCGAUGGAGGGGUCUGAGCCCUUUGGGGACGAUUUUAGCAAAUUGAUCACUCCCACCUGGCCGAGUCAUCUGCAGAUGAACUUGAACCCCCGCAAACAACUCUUGAUGCUUCUGGAAGAGGAUAAAUUCUUUGCUGAUGAAAUGGAACGGUAUUCGUACGAGGCGUUGAUUGGGGCAAGGAAUGAGAGGCGUGAUAGUUGGUUUGUUAUUGUUAAAUGCCAAGAUGAUAGUAUCCGGCUGAUUGAUGGUCAGAACCUCAGUUUGCACUUAGAACUUGACAAUGGGAGAAUCGGGCUCGAGCUUCCAUCCGUCAAGUACUCGUCCACGUGCCACGGGCUCCGGCUGAGGGACAGCUCCAUCACCAACUGUAGCUACUUUUUCGUCCUCCAAAUAAACUCCGACAGACCAGUGGAGGGAGGCCUUCGUGGUCCGGUUGACAAAUGCAUUUUCUGGCAGGCCUAG